UUAAUAAGUAAUAACGUUUAAAUGAUAUUUAUUUGUAAAAUUGUGCAGAUGUGGGUGGAGCCCAUCAACUUUUGAUAGACCGGCGUGGUCAGAUGAUAUGCGAUACUGAGCAGGUGCCCCGUUGGUCGUUAUCGCAUGGCUCUGCCAGCUCGACCACCGCUUUGGGUGCACAACUGCAAAGAGGAAAGUUUGUUCCAAACUGUGUCACUCUGACCCCGUCGCGUUGGAGCACGGUUCGAUCCCACGCAGUCUCUGAUGAUCCGCCUGAGCUCCAAAUGCAAGUGUUUCCUUUGCGGGUUGGUUUUAAGAUUGUCAUUCUAGACUGAACAGCACCGAAAAGCAGAGGAGGCGGAAGAGGAGAGAAGAAAAGAGUGAACAUGGAGGAGAAAAAUCGAGUUUGACCUGCAAGUCGGGGUGAGAGCAAACUCCCGAGCAGCCUUCUGGCCGGGUUCCCUGCGCCCCUCCGGCCGUCGGUCCCCAUCCUUCGGAGCAAGCAGAGGUCCCCAGAGUUUGCCAGGCACCAAAGGCGAAAGGGACACGACGUUACCGAGAGCUAACGAUGUCAGCCCCCGAGCCACCGUGGGAUGGAGCCUUGCAAAUGCAGUUUCACAGCUCCGUGCUCGCUGAAGUGACCUGAAGCGUUUCGCUUUAGAGCAGCCCCUUUAGGAACCUGAGAGCGGCAAGGCAGAAGUUUGGAAAACCUCGGGUUGCCUCUUUGGGUUCUGCACCGCCAGUCUGGGACAGCUUUUAGAAAGCGGAGAGGUGGCAGCUGCCACUCGCCGGAGUCCCCCCCCCGGUCUGUGCUCCCUCUUCCCUCGGGAAGCGGCUGGAAGCCGGGCUGCAGCUGCGCUGGCCCGGAGCUGUGCAGCCGGGAUUCGCGGAGGGAGGGCGGGCCGGGGGCGGGGGGAGGCGGCAGCGGGCUCCCAGCGCACAGCGACGCCCGGUCCCUCCACUUCGCAGCCCCUUGUCGGUGCCGGGCAAACCUGCUCCUCCUCCGGCUGCGCUCCGCCCGCGCUCCAUGGCUACAUCGCCUUUGCCCUGCGCUCGGGCUGCGCCUCCCUCCUCCCCCCCGCGCACAGGACAUGUCUAGGAGCUCCGCGGCACUUUUACUUUGCUCCCCCCCGCGCUCGGUGGGAUUAAUCUCUCCUUUUGGAGGUUAUUUUCGGCAACCAGCCUUGCGGGCGGGCAGAGUGGACGGAGGACGAGCCGGGCGCUCCCGGAGCGGCGCAGAAGGCUCGGCAGAGCGGGAGUGAGCCGGGGGGAGCGCAGCCCGGCGACCCCCGCCGAGGAGGCUCCCCGAGCCCCGUCCCUGCCUGCCCGCAUGGCUCCCGGGCACCGGGGAGACUGGGGGGGCCGCUGCUGCUGAGCAACAAGACGUCGCUUUAAACUAAGCCUCAACUUGUCACAGCAAGAAAGGAUGGCAACGCUACCGGAGCUUUGGAGCUGCCAAGAGAGCCAGGGAACCUGGGUUUUGUUUGCCACUAAAUGGGUGUAUUGCCAGUAAAUGGGAGUAAAAUGGAAUUUCUUACCUGGGUUUUUCCUGCCUUGGUUCUACUGUGCACCCAACAGCACAGGUGUAUCAGAGCUAUGAAUGACAUCGGAGAUUACAUAGGUUCCAACAUCGAAAUAUCCUGGUUACCCAACCUGGAUGAUUUAAUGAAAGGGUAUGCACGUAAUUUCAGGCCUGGGAUUGGAGGUCCUCCUGUUAAUGUUGCUCUCGCAAUUGAAGUAGCCAGCAUUGAUCACAUCUCGGAAGUGAACAUGGAAUAUACCAUGACGGUAUUUUUGCACCAGAGCUGGCGAGAUGACCGUCUGUCUUACAACCACACCAACGAAACUUUGGGCUUAGACAGCCGGUUUGUGGACAAGCUCUGGUUGCCAGAUACUUUCAUAGUAAAUGCCAAGUCUGCCUGGUUCCAUGACGUGACUGUGGAAAACAAACUUAUCAGGCUCCAGCCAGAUGGAGUCAUUUUGUACAGCAUCAGGAUUACCUCAACAGUGGCCUGUGACAUGGACCUUUCCAAGUAUCCAAUGGAUGAGCAAGAAUGCAUGUUGGAUUUGGAGAGCUAUGGCUACUCUUCAGAGGACAUCGUCUACCACUGGUCAGAAAACCAGGAGGAGAUCCAUGGGCUGGAUAAGCUGCAACUUGCUCAGUUCACAAUUACCAAUUACCAGUUCACAACAGAAAUGAUGAACUUCAAAUCUGCAGGUCAGUUUCCCAGGCUCAGUCUCCACUUCCACCUUCGGCGAAAUCGAGGAGUUUACAUCAUUCAGUCUUAUGUUCCUUCCAUCUUAUUAGUGGCCAUGUCAUGGGUAUCCUUCUGGAUCAGUCAGUCAGCUGUGCCUGCCAGAGUGUCGUUAGGUAUAACUACUGUUCUUACUAUGACUACACUGAUGGUCAGUGCCCGGUCUUCGCUACCACGAGCAUCUGCCAUCAAAGCGCUUGAUGUUUACUUCUGGAUUUGCUAUGUGUUUGUCUUCGCUGCACUGGUAGAAUAUGCAUUUGCACAUUUCAAUGCUGACUACAUGAAAAAGCAAAAGAACAAGAUAAAGGCGAGAAGGCAGAGUGCAGAGGUAAACGUGAAGAAUGCCAUUGUUCUGUUUUCCCUUUCCAUAGCUGGUGUGAACCAGGAACUGGCCAUUUCCAAUAGGCAGCACCGAAUUCCCAGAAGCCUGCCUGGAUCAUAUGGCACAAUAGAAAUAGAAACUGGAGAGACAAAACGGCAGCAAAUAAUGAAACUGGACAAAAAGAGCGGUCUGAAGUCCCUCUUUAAGCCCAUUGACGCUGAUACCAUUGACAUAUAUGCCAGAGCCGUGUUCCCAGCAGCCUUUGCAGCAGUCAAUGUUAUAUACUGGGUUGCAUACACAAUGUAAAAAAAAAAAAAAAAAAGAAAGAAAAUUCAUGUGAAGAGCUACAAAUUGACCAAUACCUACAAACUAAAAAGCCCUUGCUGAAACUGUAUUGAACCAUCUCUUCUGAAAACAUUUUCCAAUGAGCUUGAGACAUUUCUAAAGUCAAGAAAGUCCUGCGAUCCCUACUAAAAGCAGCAAUUUAUUACCAGUCUGAUUUGGUGCAGUAAUAAUUGUACUCUGCCAAACAAUCCCAGCACCUUAUUUCCUGUAUUACCAUGAGACAAUUUUUCAUAUGUACAUAUUUGCUGCAAAAGUUUAAAUCUUAAAUUACCAUGGUUUUCCUCCACUUUAAGGGUUGAUCAGUAAUGAAGAUUUGGCUUUUCACACUCAGACAAUUUCCUUUUUUGUAACGGAAGAGCUAAUUCCUCACUUGCACACAAGUGAUUUUCUGCAUCUGGCCUUCUGUGGGAUGGUCUAAGUUUAACAGUAGUGGUAAAGUUGGAGUUUUUAAUCACAAAAAUCUCAUGAACAAAGUAAAAGGGAAGAGAGGGGAGUGGGGGCUUUUUCUUAAAUUAUUAUUUGUCUUGGAUAAAGUAUUGAAAACAUUUCAAUGCUCUUAGUCACAGCAUGAAAUAAAAUAUACUACAUAAAAUUCUA